AUAUAAAGAUAAUAUAGAAAACUAGUAACUACAAUGUCAUAUAAAUAUUAGAAUACCUAUAAAAUUUAGAUUUUAAUAGAUCUCAAAACCAAACUUCAUAACCUAACCUUACUACACUGUAUUUCAACUACAAGUUAUGUUAUAACUAAUACGCCAUUCGUUCAGAGUUCUUACCUAGGAAAAAAAGUAUGAUUUAAUUCAACAGUACUCUUGAACAUGACUACCAAAAAUUGUGGUUUCUGACGUUAGUAUGUUAAGUUAAAACUAUUUACAAAAAUGGACGAGUCAACCAGUAUUGAUAAUACAACUUUAUUAAGAGAUUUCAAUGAAACUCAACCUAAUCAUGAGUGGUCUCCUUUUAUACGCUAUGGACCUUCACAUUUGCCUACAUUCAAAGUUUCGUUACAUUUAAAUGGUUCUCUGUUUGAUGGUUGUGGCUCUUCAAAGAAAAGAGCAAAAAUAAAUGCAAUAAUGAAUUACAAAUCAUCCUUCAUGAAUUAUAACACUAAUACUAAGAUCAAUAAUACUAUAGAAAGUGAUAAAGCGGUUCUCAAAAGAAAACAUACAGACAAUUUGAUAGAAAACCCGCCCUCAAAAAAAUUGACAAUAGAAUCUCAAGAUAAUGUACAUCAAACAUCAGCAAUACCAGUAUUUAAGAGACAACAUACAGAUGAUUUUAUUGAAAACUCACUUUCAAAAAAACUUGCAAUUGAAUCCCAAGUUGCUGUACAUCAAACGUCAGCAGUAUGUAUCCUACAUGAAAUAUUUCCAGGACAAACCUUAACAUAUGAACAUGAACAGUCCCACGGGCUAUUGGAAACAAUUAGUGUCAUUGUUUCUGGUAAUAAAUAUGUAGGUUAUGGGAAAAAUAAAAAAGAAGCAAAAGAAAUUGCAUGUCGUAAUGCUUUAAAAUCUUUGUACGAGGCACAGCCAAUAGACAAUAUUAAGUACAAAAACCAAAUAGAAAUGUUGCGCACUGAUUAUGAUGAUUCUAAAAUUAUUGAUCAUUUUGCUGGAAUCACAGACAAAGUAUAUCAAAAAUUAGAAUUUACUGAAAAUAAAUUUAAAGAAUACUCAGUUAUAGCAAGUAUUAUCAAAAUGACCAAAGAAGAUUUGAACUCGGCACAAGUAAUUUGUUUGGCUACUGGUACAAAAUGUUUAUCUGGUAGCUAUUUGAGCCUAAGUGGUGAAUCUUUACAUGACUGCCAUGCAGAAAUAUUGACUCGUAGAUGCCUAAUGAAAUUCUUUUAUAAAGAACUCAUGGAAUCGGUGAAAGGCCAUCCUUCUAUAUUUAUCUCAGAUGAUAACAAAUCUAAGUUCAAAUUAGCAAAAGAUAUUACAUUUCAUUUAUACAUAAACACUGCUCCUUGUGGUGAAGCUAGAGUUUAUAGCUUCUCUGACACAGAACACCAGUUAAAUCGAUUAAAUCGUGGUUUGCUGCGAUCAAAAAUAGAAAAUGGUGCUGGCACUGUAUCUGUAUUUGGUCGAGAAUUUCAAACAUAUGAUGGAGUUGCUCAGGGUGAACGUCUUGUUACUAUGUCAUGUUCAGACAAACUAACACGUUGGACUGUACUUGGACUUCAAGGAAAUUUAUUAUCAAAUUUUGUUGAACCUAUUUAUUUAGAAUCAAUAUCAAUUGGAAGUAUGUUCAAUAUAAAUCAUAUGAAGCGAACAAUUUAUGGUCGUGUUGAAAACAGCAUUAAUAAAUUACCACAAGAUUAUAAAGUACAAAAACCUCAACUCCGUGGUUAUAGUAUACUUCCCCGUAGAUCUACUACACAAUCACCUCACUGCAUAAAUUGGAUUAUAAACGAAGGAAUUGAAAUUAUUAAAGGAAGUUUAGGUAGAACAAUUGAAAACAAGUUAUCCAGAGUAUGUAAAACCUCAUUGGCUAAUGAAUAUAUUAAACUGUGUAUUGCUACAAAUAAUUUAUCAACUCUUAUUGAAAAUGAAACAAAUAUAUUUUAUGAUUCAUUGAAAAAUAAAAAUAAAAAUUAUGUAGCUGCUAAAAAUGAAUUAAUAUCAACAUUUAAGUCAUUAAAUUUUGGAACUUGGGUACACAAACCCGAAGAACUUAAAAGUUUUGAAUUACAUGUUGUUAAUGCAAGUAAUAAUAUUAUAUAUAAUUAUAACAAUCAGGGCUGUUAAAAAGUGUUAAACACGUAUGCACUUUGUUGUUUUAUAUAUAUAUUAUAUAUAUACAAAUAUGAACAUUUGGCUAAAUAAAUUAUUAACUACAUGUAUUAUUUACAUAUUUUUUUUAUUUUCUGCCUUUCUCAGUAAUAUAUAUGGUUUUAAAAUUUGUUCACCUUUUUUAUAGCAUACGAGGUCUGUACAAAAAAUAAACAUUCAAAAUAUAUUAAAGCCACAGACUAUCUUAUUCCUCUCAAGUUAUCUUUAAGCACUCUUUUUUUAUCAUCUCAAUAACAUUCACAAAUCUGACUUUUAAGUUUUGACUGUAGUUUUUAGUCUAGGAAACAAAUAAAAGUUGUAGGAUAAGACAAAUCAAGUGAAUAUAGGCAGAUAAGUUGGUAAGGGGUGUGGGCGUGGCAUCACUAUUGAAUAAUUUGUAUGUCCAAUAAAAGUCAAUUAUUAGACAUUAAAUACAUAUUAAUCAUUCUAAUUUGUAUUAUGUUACAAUAAAUUAAAUUAUGAAAUUUUAUAUUGUAUAUUGAUACUUAAAAUUAUUUAUAAAUUUAUGUAAAAUGUUUAAGUACUUUUUCAAAUAAAAUCAUUAAUAUUAUUGAA